AUGGCACAAGCGACACAAAAUACCAUCACAAAGUUUGAGAUAGUGGGCGACUCAGGCAGCUCGUAUCCCUUGAUCAUCUUCUUCCACGGCUCAGGCGACUCCUGCGAGUCUUGGGCCGCCUUAGCAGAACUCCUUCGGCCCGGGUACCAGCUUUUGCUCUGGGAUAGGCAAGAUCCAUAUGUCAGAACCGAUGUAGCCAUCUCAGAACUAUUGGACUUUCUCGAUAGUAGGGAUUUACCCAAGAGCUAUGUAUUGAUCGCACAUUCAUACGGCGGCACCUUCGCAAGGCUCUUCCUCGAAGCGAGGCCGCUCCAAGUCGCAGGAAUAGUCCUCGCCGAAACGGGUGCCGAGCCAACGAUAGACGCCCAACUCGAACAAAGACAAUAUGACAACAAGAUCUUGGGGAACAAACCGCUUGUCGUCAUUCGAGGCAACACUCUGAAAUGGAAACAGCUACAGUACGAUCAAGCGAUCGCUGCAGAGCAGAACCUCGCUAGCCCAAGCCUGCUGAUGCAGAAGAAGCUCCUGGACGCGACAGACAAGGAAGAUGAGAGGUUGAAGAAGGCACAGUUGCAACUUUCUAGGAAUAAUCGCUAUGUGCAUAUCCCGGAUGUCAGUCAUGAUGUUAUUAUUGAGAAGCCAGAAGCUGUGAGGGAGGCUGUCUGUUGGGUCAUGGAGCAUUUGCAGACAGGUGAAGAAGAGGUACGAGAGGAGGAGGUACCAGUGCGUGUGGCUGGAGAGGGCGAGACUGUUGUCAAGAAGAGUUUUGGGGAUAGGCUGAGAGGAGCGAAGAAGUUGUCUUUGAGGGGAAGUCUUUUCAAGCUGUUCAAGAAGUCAGAUAGGUGA